AUGAACCAUUACCAACAAGACCAAAUGAUGCUCAUUUCUCAACUCUUUUUUGCUACUGCUCAUGCUUACACUGAUACAGUUUCUCUACAAGUGGAGAAGAAGCCAAGACAUAGACGAACCAAGAAGAGUAAACCUGGAGAAAACACUGCAAAUGAAAUGAACAAAAAGAGGAAAAUUAUUGAAAAACAAAUGAUUUUGUUGGAAGAACAUUUUGAGAAUGAACACAAACUUGAGUUAGAGAGAAAAUAUAAACUCGCAAUGGAACUUGGUUUGGAUCCCAGACAAGUUGUUGUUUGGUUUCAAAACCGUAGAGCUCGUUGGAAGAACAAGAAACUCGGAGAAGAGUACCUAAAUUUGAAGAAGUUCCAUGAAUCUACCAUGCUUUGA